AUGCCUCCCUCGACCGAUGCAAUUCCUUCUCUCAAUGGCUAUGACGUCGAUAUGAUGGCACUAUUUGGCAUUGAUGCUGGCACUGGCACUGAGAUGGGUGGCGGAGGUGGCGAGCUAGCGGAACGGGCCACGAUGGAUGUCGACAUACCUGGAGAACUGGCGGGUCUCCUUCAAGUUACCACUCCGCCGAUCAUGCAUAACCCCCAGCCAAGUUUCCCCGGUUUGCCUAUGGUCGGUCGAGCGUUACAUGUUACCGUUCACGAAGUUCAUCCGGGACCCGGUUCAACGGGCCAUGUUACAGGUUACCUCGAACUGUUCAUCAGAUACGAGGUACCCGGGAAGGCGCAUGUUGCCUCCAUAUCGGCAUUGUUGUGA